AUGGGCAAACGAGGGCCCGCCGAGGCAGCCGUGGAAGCGCGUCAAGUGAAGAAGCUGCACGUGGACAGUGCCGUCCAAUACGACGACGAUGAUGACGACUUCACAACAGCCCAAACACCGAGCUCAAUGGCUGAGGCCGAGUCGCCUGCAACCGUGGCAACCACACCAAGAACCAAGUUCCCGUCAGAUCUCAAAACGCUAGCUUGCACAUGGCCCGGAUGUCCCAAGGCGUUCAACCGCCCGGCCAGACUCCGAGACCACCUCAACUCGCAUACCAACUCCCGGCCAUUCAAGUGUCCCUACGACGACUGCGACAAGGACUACAUCGAGGACAAGCACCUGAAGCAGCACAUCAAGGCGGCGCACACAAACGAACGCAAAUACACCUGCCAAGUCCCGGGCUGCGGCAAAGGCUUCGUCACAGGCACCCGACUGAAGCGCCACCAGGCCGUCCACGAAGGCGCCGAGCGGUUCCGCUGCCAGGAAUGCGGACAGAGCUUCCGGAAAAGAGAGACGCUCACGAAACACGUGCGCAAAGAACACCUGCACAUGCGGGCAUACGCCUGCCCCGAGCAAGGGUGCCCCGAGUCGUUCGACUCCAAGCCAGCGCUGAAACGCCACCGCGACAAGAUCCACGGCGAAAUCAAAUACUGGUGCGGAGAGUGCGGCCUGCAGACGCAAGAAGACGGCACGCAACGCCGCAUAGGGUUCACGACCGAACUGCUGCUCCACGCCCAUCUCAGGAAGGAACACCAGAACUGCCUCUUCUGCGACUUCAAGCCCUCGUCGCGCUGGGAACUCGACCAGCACGUAGACAUGCACCACUCGGGCAAGACGGUCCAGGACCGCCAGACCCACGCCUGCACCCACGAGGGCUGCAGCAAGAAGUUCACCAAAAAGUCCAACCUCAAGACUCACGUCCGCUCGGCACACGAAGGCUUCCGCUUCACGUGCGGCGGCGCCACGCCCUCGGGACCCGACUUUGCCGCCUGGACCAACGACCAGGGCUGCGGCGCCAAGUUCAGCACAAAGGUCCGCCUCGACGACCACAUCCGCUUCAUCCACCUCGGCCACGAACGCCCCCGGCCGCCCAGACCCGACGGCCCCGCCGCCGCCCAAGACCCGACCGCCUUCAUCGACGAGAUAUCCGGCCUCGCAAACCAAGCCAAGCGCACCGUCUUCUGCCCCGACUGCGACCAAGGGUUCAAACGCUACCACGACCUGCAGGUCCACCUGUCCAACGGCCACGAGCCGGCCGCCGACCCGUCCAACGACCCUGCUCCGUUCCCGAACCCCGACGACGAGGACGCCGAGUUGUCCUUUGGGGGGGACUUCCACGCUUCCACUUGGCUGCGGGACAUGGCGGAGGAUGACGUCUUUGCCGCGCAGAUGGAUCACGGCCCCCCAAAGGACGAGUGGCUCGAAGAUGAGGCCAAUAUCAUGCUGUUGGCGCGGGACUCGCCGCACCCGGAGAAUAUCGAUCCCAGUCUGUCGAGACUGUAG